AUCAUUACCUCAGUUGUCUCUUGUCCAUCAAUACAAACAUUCAUAUUAUUGCCUAUUUAUUAAAAUUACAGACAGUGUCUUAUAUAUUUAUUGUUAUAAAUCAAAAUUCAUAAUUCAAAAUGCCAUCACGGGCAGAGGACAUUUUGAAAGGAUUUCAAGUAAAUUGGAUGAAUUUACGAGACGAGGAUACGGGAAAAAUUCUAUGGCAAGGAAAUGAGGAUUUAUCGGUUCCUGAUGUGGAACACGAGGCGCGCGUACCUAAAAGAAUAUUAAAAUGUCGCGCGGUUUCAAGGGAAAUAAAUUUCAGUUCGAUUGAGCCGCUGGAGAGGUUCAGGUUGGAACAGAAAGUUUUAUUUAAAGGACGUUGUCUGGAGGAAUGGCUCUUCGAAUUCGGUUUUGUUAUACCGCAGAGUACCAACACGUGGCAGAGUUUAAUUCAAGCGGCUCCUGAAAGUCAGAUGAUGCCGGCAAAUGUUCUUAAUGGGAACAUCGUAAUCGAGACGAAAUUCUUCGAUGACAAUUUGCUGGUAUCGACAAGCCGAGUGCGCCUUUUUUACGUUUAAAGUACAAAGAAAAAAAAAAUUAAUAUAUUAAAUUAUUCCAUUAAUUUCUUAAUAAAA